UCGUGAUGGCGUCUCUCAAGUGAACAUAAAUAUUGGAUCGUCGUACACGUUCUUGUUAACCAGCCAGCAACAGUCUUCGCUCACUAUUCGCUUUCAACCGGUCCAAAGUCCAAGACGCUCAGUCUACAUAUUCCUCAUUCAAGAUGAAGGUCCAGGCUAUCCUACCGUUCACUGCCCUGCUUGGCGCUGCUCUGGCCGCUCCUGCGCCAGUUGCCCGACAGGAAGGCGCCAGCUUCCCCAUUACGGAUAUCAUCGACACGGGUCUUACCAUCAAGGAAUAUGCUGAACAGCUUGAGGCUGGUAAUGUGCCCGAGCACGUUGCGCCUGCACUUUCGAAGCGCCAGUACAGCGGUGACACCUACAACCAGUUGACUGAUGGAACUGCAUGCCGCCCUGUCACCGUCAUCUAUGCUCGUGGUACAACACAGGAGGGCAACGUUGGAUCACCUGAUAGCGAGGGUCCUACCUUCUUCAAUGCUCUUGCCAGCCGCCUCGGUGGAGCCAGCCGCAUCGCUAUCCAGGGUGUCACCUACCCUGCGAACGUCUUUGGUUUCCUUGCUGGAGGUGACUCUGCUGGUGCCACAACCAUGUUCAACUUGAUCAACACUGCCAUCACCCAGUGCCCAUCGACCAAGAUCGUCGUUUCUGGCUACAGUCAAGGUGCCCAGCUUGUCCACACUGCCACACAGAGGCUCACAGCCGCUGCCGCUGCCAAAGUCAGCGCUGUCGUCACUUUUGGUGAUGCUGAUCGCGACGAGACAUUCGGUAGAGUCGCUGCCUCCAAGGUCCUCAUCAUUUGCCACGAUGGUGAUAACAUCUGUGACAACGGCAUUAUCAUCACAGCUGAGCACCGAAACUACGAGAUCGAUGCUCCUGCUGCAGCUGCAUUUGUUGCCAGCAAGGUCGCUUAGGCGGGUGCCACUCAAUUGGUCCGCAUUAAUAUACCUCGCUCCGUUGGCGACCCAGUCGAUUAUUUAGUCUGGAGUCAUCGAGAUAUAACAUAGUAUUUAAUUAUGGCAAGAUUAGCCGUUACUUCUCGAAAGAUUUGUCCUGCUCAAACUCAAGACUGGCUCGACAUAGCGGGACUGAAGCCUAUAAUUC